UCGAGUCACCUGAUGACAGGGUCGGCAGCUGUAUAAAGGGCAUUUUGGGAUUUUAUCUCAUGCAGUUUUGUUCUAACAUGGCUAAAGCAGUGAUUUGUGUGCUUCUUGCAUCUCUCUUUGCAUACUGUAGAUCUGCACCAGUGGGUUUUCAUGGUGGCUCAGAUGUUCUCUGCCCUCUGACAGUAAAGAUCCUGGAUGCUGUGAAGGGGACUCCUGCUGGAAAUAUAGCUCUGGAUGUCUAUCGCCAAGAUCAAGGAGGGACAUGGGAAAAGAUCGCCAGUGGGAAAGUGGACAUGAUGGGAGAGGUGCACAACUUGAUCACCGAGGAGGAGUUCACUCCUGGCGUGUAUCGGGUGGAGUUCGACACUAAAGCCUACUGGAAGGUGGAAGGUCGUACACCUUUUCACCAGGUGGCCGAUGUGGUGUUUGAGGCUCAUGCCGAAGGGCAUCGUCAUUACACUCUGGCUCUUCUUCUGAGCCCCUUCUCGUACACCACGACAGCUGUGGUCGUCAAAGCACAUGAGUGACAGCACACAACAGCCUACCCAGAAAAUUACUUUACAUCCAGGGUCCAAUAUUCAGUAUUUGCCUCGCCUUGCAAUGCCAGUUUGAUUGAUAGAAGUACUUGUCAAAAGUGUUUUUGAAAAAGUCUCUAAUGCUCACCAAAGCUGCAUUUAUGGGUUAAAAAUACAUUAAAACACCGAUAUUGUGAAAUUUA